AUGGAUGGUCGUCAUAAAUCUGGUGACACUGCCGCUAGUGUCAUGCAUGAUCGGGGUAAGCCGCCUAACUUGCCUAAGGAUAUUUCCGAUAAAUCGUUGAACUUCGAUGGAGCUGAUUACUUGAAUGAGCCUGUGGUGGAGGAGAUGUCUACACCUGGUACAGCACCAAUUCGUGGGAUCGGAUUACGUGUAACUAAUAUUGAAGGUAACCCGCUGCUUCCGAGAAGAGGUAUGUAUUCUACGACGAAUACUUCGAUAUUGGCUGGUUUAAUGAGUAUUUCAACACCGGUGGACAACUUGUUCGCUGCUGGAGAGUCGUCGUCGAUGGCUAAUAAGGGUGAUAAGGCUGGUAAGGGGAUAGAGUCUAUGCAGGGUUCGGAUUCUAAUCAGAAUGGUGGGGAAAAGGGUGCGAAUAUGAUGUCAUAUGCUGAGUCGGUUUUGGCGUCCAAGUCAAGGAAAAUUAAUUUUAGAAAUCUAGCCAGCCCAGUUAUGCAUGAGGGAUGUGACGUUGUUCUUCCUCGGGAAUCUGUUCGUGCAGUGCAGCAUAAGUUAGCUAACACUUUAUAUGGUUAUUUCUUGGGAGACCGAGUGGCGUUCCCGGUUGUGGAGUAUUUUGUUCGUAAUAACUGGAAGAAAUUUGGGUUACAAAAAACCAUGAUGAAUGCGAAUGGCUUUUUCUUUUUUCAGUUCUCCAACGAAACUGGCAUGCUGGAUGCGUUGAAAGGAGGCCCGUGGAUCAUCCGGUCUCAACCGUUGUUUCUUUGUGAAUGGAGUCCGACUGUUAAGUUGGAGAAAAAGGAGGUUAAAAAGGUUCAGGUAUGGGUUAAAAUUCAUGACAUCCCAAUUGCGGCGUAUACAGAAGAUGGGCUGAGUAUGAUUGCCACAACAAUUGGUGAACCGAAACUUCUGGAUUCGUAUACUACUUCCAUGUGUAUGGACAUGUGGGGCCGAAGUAGUUAUGCUAGAGCUUUAAUCGAGGUGUCUGCUGAUAAUGAGUUACGUGAGGAAAUCACUUUGGCCAUUCCUGAACUUGAGGGGGAGGGUUUCGUCAAAGAAACUAUGUAUGUUGAAUAUGAAUGGUUCCCGUGUAGGUGUUCUAAAUGCUGUGUUUUUGGCCACUCGCUUGAUAAUUGUCCUCAAACCCCUAAAAAACCUGCCAAUGUUAAGAAGCCUGCUAAUGUUAAGAGGGGGGAGCAGAACGAUAAGGGUCAAGUGCAUGAGAAUCGCUAUGCUAAGAAGUAUCCGGUUGUUGAUGAAGAUGGGUACCAAGGGGUUCCAACUAGGAAAGUUGCUCGCAAACAGGGUUUCCAAGUUAAUAAACAAAAACAGAAAUUUGAAUAUAGACCGGUGACUGCAAAACCGAAUAGGGAGGUGAAAAAGGAUGCUUCUUCGAGAGCUACGGAUGUAAGGUCGAGUAAUCCGUUUGAUGUUCUUAACGAAGUGGAAGAUGUUGCAGGAACUAGUGGCACAAAGCCGGGGGUAAACAAUGAUGAGUCCGAUGAAGAUGAGGUGAUUGAGAAUGAUGUUGAUAUGGACGGGUUUUUAAAGGAGGGUACUCGUAAGACUAUAAGUAAAGGGGCAAGCACUCCUUCUCCGACAGUUAAUGAUGAAUCUCAUGUGGAUGUUGGUAAUUUGGGUAAGGUGUGCAAGUCAGUUUUUCGUUCGUGGGAGUGGACUUCAAACGGUGGUUGUUGUGACAAAGGCACGAGAAUUAUCAUUGGAUGGAACCCGGAUGUUUUUGAUGUCAUGAUUUUGUCUCAAUCUCCUCAGGUUAUGCAUCUUCAGCUUGUGUUUAAAUUGGAUAAAAGAAUGAUUUUUUGUUCUAUUAUCUAUGCUGCUAAUUAUUAUGUUGCCCGUAAAGAGUUGUGGCAUAAUCUCUCAGUGCAUAAAGCCCUUGUCAAUGAUAAACCUUGGUGCAUUAUGGGUGAUUUCAACUCGGCUCUUAACAUUGAAGACAACUCUAUGGGAACGUCAUCGAUUUCUAUUGGUAUGAGAGAUUUUCAGGAAUGUGUGGAUAAUAUUGAGGUUGUUGAUAUCAACCGAAUGGGGAUCCAUUUUACAUGGACUCAAAAACCAAAGAAUGGGGUAGGUUUACUAAAGAAGCUUGAUCGAGUGAUGGGAAAUACAACGUUUAUAGCGGAUUUCCCUAAUUCAGUUGCCAUGUUCAAGCCGUAUAGGUUAUCGGAUCACUGCCCGUGCAUUCUAUCCUUCCCGGAUGCUGGUAUGUUGAAGCCUAGGUCGUUCAAGUUUGCUAAUUUUCUAGUUUUUAAACCAGAGUUUUCUGAUAUUGUUAAAGAUAAAUGGGAGACGUCUGAGAAUGGUGUUCAUCAAUUUAAGGUGCUGCUUAUUGAUCGGGAUCCAACGAAUGCGGAUUUACGAGUCUCUGAGAGUUCAAUCAGUAGUCAGCUUCAAGAGGCUUCGUUAGAUGAGGAACGGUUUCUGAAACAAAAGUCAAAAGUUGAUUGGUUGAGUGCGGGGGAUAUGAACUCGGCAUUUUUUCAUUCAUCGCUGAAGGUUAGAAAUCAUGUUAGUCGAAUUGAGGGGAUCAAAGAUUCGGCUGGCAAUCUGUUUGAAGGAGAGAACGUUUUUCAACCGUUUGUUCAGCAUUACGAGAAAUUUUUUGGAUCUCAAGGCGAUAUUUCUCUUACUCCGGCUCCGGAUUUAUUCUCCAAAGUCCUUGAUCCUCAGGUUGCUACUCAUAUGAUUCGACAAAUUACGGCGGAAGAGGUGAAAAAGGCCAUAUUUUCUAUUGGUAUCGAUAAAGCGCCUGGUCCGGAUGGGUAUACAGCAGCAUUUUUUAAAAGUGCCUGGCCUAUUGUUGGUAAUGAUAUUACUAGUGCUAUUGUUGAUUUUUUUGAAACAGGAAACCUUCUUCGGGAAUUGAAUCACACGAAUAUUGUGCUCAUUCCGAAAAUUCCUACUCCGUCAGCUGUUACUGACUACCGUCCAAUUGCGUGCUGUAAUGUGUUAUACAAAUGUAUCAGUAAAAUUGUGGCGGACAGAAUAAAAGUUGCUCUAAAUGAUAUCGUUAGCAUUAAUCAAUCAGCGUUUGUGCCAGGACGAAGAAUAUCGGAUAAUAUUAUGCUGACUCAAGAAUUAAUGCAUAAUUACCAUAGACAUUCGGGCCCUCCAAGAUGUGCUUUUAAGGUUGACAUCCAGAAAGCUUAUGACACGGUUGACUGGGGUUUUCUAAAAAAUGCUUUGCUUGGUUUUGGGUUUCAUCGGAAGAUGGUUGAUUGGAUAAUGGUGUGUGUCUCGACGGCCUCUUUUUCUAUAUGUGUCAAUGGGACAGUGCAUGGCUUCUUUAAGGGCAAACGAGGGUUACGGCAAGGGGACCCAAUUUCUCCUUACCUCUUCACUUUGGUUAUGGAGGUUCUAACUUCCAUUCUGCAUCAUGCUGUUCGUAUCGAUUCUUCUUUUAGAUUUCAUAAUAAAUGCGAAAAACAGCAGAUUAUCAAUCUUUGUUUUGCCGAUGAUUUGUUUCUGUUUGCUAGAGGUGAAGUCAACUCGGCUCGGUGCAUUAUGACAUCCCUCGCAAAGUUCACUAAGAUGUCGGGGUUAGUGCCUAGUAAUCCAAAAAGCACCAUUUUCUUUUGUAAUGUUACCAACCAUGUAAAAGAGUCUAUUCUGGAGCUCAUGCCUUUUGUGGAAGGAAAACUGCCGGUCAGAUAUUUAGGGGUCCCAUUGAUCUCUUCUAGGCUUGGUUAUAAUGAUUGUCGAGUGCUUGUGGAAAGACUAGAGAAACGUAUAACACAUUGGAGGAACAAGUUACUCUCCUUUGCGGGUCGGCUUCAGCUUAUUGUUUCGGUUCUAUCUUCCAUGCACAUCUAUUGGUCUUCUGUGUUUAUGUUACCGGCUAGGAUCAUUAAUGAGCUUGAAGCUUGUAUGCGUAACUUCUUAUGGUCCCAAGAGAGCUCAUAUUCUAAAGGCAAAGCUAAGGUUUCUUGGAAGGCUGUUUGCACGCCAAAAUAUGAAGGAGGUUUGGGCAUUAGACGCAUUGGGGAUAUGAACAAGGCUCUUAUGUCUAAUCACAUUUGGAGCAUUGUUUCGAAACGGGAGUCUCUAUGGGUUGAAUGGGUGUAUAGCUACCGUCUUAAAGGCAAGAGUUUCUGGGUGUGUAAAACCCCUUCUAAUUGCUGUCCGCUCGGUAACUUUAUUUCGCCGAGAAACAUUUCGGAUGCUGAUUUCAUGAUGGACGAUACUGUGGCUAACAUUUAUUCGAAUGGUUCUUGGUCUUGGCCUAUGGCAUGGAGAGAUUUAUUUCCGGUUCUUAUCCAAUUGGAUCAGCUUCAUUUGGAUACGUCAAAACCUGAUAGACUGCUAUGGAGAGAUGGCACCAAUAAAUCUGAGUUUUCUUCUUCGGGUGUUUGGCAUUCAAUUCGGCACAAAGAUCCAGAAGUUAAUUGGUGCAACAUUGUUUGGUUCUCGCAAUGUAUUCCCAGGCAUGCGUUUAUGAUGUGGUUGGUAAUGAAAGGUAAACUCUUGACACAAGAUAAAAUUUUAAAUUGGGAGUUGUCGCGGAGGAAGAAUAUGAAUAUGAUGUGCUGCCUGUUAUGCUACAAAAACGUUGACUCUCAUGCACAUUUAUUCUUUGAAUGCGAGUUCUCGUCUCAAGUGUGGCUGAUUAUUCGAAACAAGGCGGGUAUGGCUACGGUCAGGCCGAUAUGGGCUGAUAUUGUUGAUUGGUUGUUGGCUCGAGCUCGGUCUAAAUCGGCUGGGUUUUUUGUUGCGAAAAUUAUGGUGGCUGCUGCCUUAUAUUUCGUUUGGCAAGAAAGAAAUGCUAGACUUUUCAAAAAUCAGCUGAGGCCUCCGGAGAAAAUCGGUGAAAUUAUAUUAUCAACGGUUAGGUACAAGCUGAUGGGAGCCAAGCUCAAGACUACUGCCAGAGUGCGAAGAUUGUUGGAGGAUUGGGAAAUUCAUAAGGGAAACGUGGACGAUGAUGGUGGCUGA